CAAUGCGAGAACUUUGGAAACAACGUCAAUGUUCACACGUGGUCCAUGUGGUUGUUGCAACAGUAUGUAGAUGUUAACGACCAAACCUACCUGGGCGGAAACCUCAAUGUUUCUGACGCCGACUCGUUCCAAAUCUCACCUUUUGCUAUUCUUCACAUUUGCAUCCAUGUUCAAGUUCCCUUCCUCACUACGAGGAAUUGGGGGCACUCAUUCUAAUCCUCCCUCCUCGUUCCCAACAUUUGCUAUUGCCUAUGGAAAUUGCACUUUCUCUUCACAGAUCCCAAACCCCACUUAUGGGUUCUUCAUCUCCUGGGAACCUUUCUUCUUUGGGGCGUUGCUUUGCCUCAAAGGAAAGAGAUUGGUGUCACCCGUUUUCCCGGAUAUGUUGUUCCUCCAUGGAACGAAGGCUGAGACCAAAACCAAAGAAAGGGGGCCAUGUUGAAAGACAAGUCACAGUUUUGGAGGAUACCCCGAUCUGGAAACCGUCCUCUUCUGCUAUUUGUCGUCAGAUAGAGAAGUUGGUUGUGUGUAAUAGGUACCGGGAGGCAAUGGAGUUGUUUGAAAUUUUGGAAGUUGGACAUAAUGGUUUUGAUGUGGGUGGUAGCACCUAUGAUGCUUUGGUGAGUGCUUGUGUCGGUUUGAGAUCGAUUAGAGAUGUUAAGAGGGUUUAUAAUUAUAUGAUCAACAGUGAGUUUGAGCCUGAUUUGUUUGUGAUGAAUAGGAUAUUAUUUAUGCAUGUGAGAUGUGGUCUCAUGCUCGAUGCACGAAAGCUGUUUGAUGAAAUGCCUGAGAGAGACUCGGCUUCGUGGAUGACCAUGAUUGGUGGACUUGUAGACUCUGGGGAUUUCUCUGAAGCUUUUAGGUUGUUUCUGUGUAUGUGGGAAGAGAUUAAUGACGGAGGAUCUCGCACGUUUGUCACCAUGAUUCGGGCAUCUGCUGGAUUGGGUCUUGUUCAAGUUGGAAGGCAAAUUCAUGCAUGUGCUUUGAAAAGAGGGGUCGGUGAUGAUAAUUUUGUGUCUUGUACACUGAUUGACAUGUACAGUAAGUGUGGUAGCAUCGACGAUGCUCAUUGUGUAUUUGAUCAAAUGCCAGAGAAGACAACUGUAGGAUGGAAUUCCAUUAUUGCUAGCUAUGCACUUCAUGGUUAUAGUGAGGAAGCUCUUAGUUUAUACUAUGGCAUGCGAGAUAGUGGAGCUACAAUAGAUCAUUUUACUAUUUCAAUAGUGAUAAGAAUUUGUGUGAGAUUGGCGUCAUUGGAACAUGCAAAACAAGCUCAUGCUGCUUUAGUUCGCCAUGGUUAUGGUACUGAUAUAGUGGCAAACACAGCACUUGUUGACUUCUAUAGCAAAUGGGGUAGGAUGAGGGAUGCCCAGCAUGUUUUCAACAGGAUGCGCUGCAAGAAUGUCAUAUCUUGGAACGCAUUGAUUGGUGGAUAUGGUAACCACGGUCAAGGAGAAGAGGCUGUAAAAAUGUUCGAGCAGAUGCUUCAAGAAGGGAUGAUUCCUAACCAUAUCACUUUCCUUGCUGUCUUAUCUGCGUGUAGCUAUUCAGGUUUAUCAGAAAGAGGUUGGGAGAUUUUUUACUCUAUGAGCAGAGAUCAGAAGAUUAAGCCCAGAGCAAUGCAUUAUGCAUGUAUGAUUGAACUAUUAGGCCGGGAGGGCUUAUUAGACGAGGCUUACGCACUAAUUAGAAGUGCUCCUUUCAAACCAACGACAAACAUGUGGGCAGCAUUGUUGACAGCAUGUAGAAUGAACGAGAAUCUAGAGCUGGGGAAGUUGGCUGCUGAAAAGCUUUACGGGAUGGAGCCGGAGAAGCUGUGUAAUUAUGUAGUACUUCUGAACCUAUACAACAGUUCUGGUAAAUUAAAGGAAGCUGCAGGUGUUUUACAGACCUUAAAGAGGAAGGGUUUAAGAAUGCUUUCGGCAUGUAGCUGGAUUGAAGUCAAGAAACAACCUUAUGUCUUCCUUUGUGGAGACAAAUCUCACUCCCAAACAAAGGAAAUUUAUGAUAAGGUAGACAGCCUGAUGGUUGAAAUAUCUAGGUAUGGUUAUGCUGUGGAGAAUGAAACUUUGCUUCCUGACGUGGAUGAAGAGGAGCAGCGUAUUCUAAAAUACCACAGUGAAAAGCUGGCUAUAGCUUUUGGACUUAUCAACACUCCAUACUGGACACCUUUGCAAAUCACUCAGGGCCAUCGUGUGUGUACUGAUUGUCAUAAUGCAAUUAAACUUAUAGCCAAGGUUACAGGGCGGGAAAUUGUGAUAAAAGAUGCUAGUAGAUUUCACCAUUUUAGAAACGGUAGUUGUUCAUGUGGCGAUUAUUGGUGAUAACAAAAUUUUAUCAUUCACGUCACAGUCCUAUACACUGAGUAGCUUGUUGUUAGCUCAUCUUAGCCUCACAUUUACUUAGGAUACAACUAUAAUACAUGUAAUUUAUUCUGUGAUCAGUUAAUAAAAGUCCCAUCUCUUUGUUGCA